UCCUCCUCCCCCCCCCAGGCGAGCGGAGCAUGGAGCUGGACGACGCGGCGGGGGGGGCGGGGGUCGAGGCUCCCCUGGUGUCAGCAUCUCCGGUGGCGCGACCCCCCCGGGCCGCCCACCGCCCUCGUGUCCUUCCCCGGCUCUGGCAACACGUGGAUUCGCUACCUCCUGCAGCAGCGUGUAACAGGAAUACGAGACGGGACGGCCCUCAUGAAGAAUGGUUUCCCGGCGGAGUCUGUGUCAAAUGGGUCCGUGGUGGUUGUCAAGACCCAUGAGUGGGGCCCGGAGAUGCGGAAGGCGUUUACCCGCGCCGUGCUCAUCAUCCGGGACCCCUACUUGGCCAUCCAGGCGGAAUUCAACAGGCAGAGCGGAGGCCACAUCGGCCACGCGCAGCCAGAUAAAUAUACGAGGGACCACGGACGGUACUGGAGCAAAUUCGUGACCAACAAAGCCAUCUCGUGGAUGAACACGACGCUGGACUGGCUCAAGUUCGACGGUCCGCUCCACCUGGUGUUCUACGAGGACCUCUUAGACAACCUCCCCGAGGAGAUGAGGCGGAUCCUGGAGUUCCUGGACCUGGAGGUGUCCGAGAGCAACUUCGACUGCAUGAUGCGGCACCAGGACGGCAUCUACAAGCGGCGGAAGAGGCCCCUGAGCUUCGACCCCUACACGCCCAAGAUGAGGGCGCUGGUGGACCACUGCAAGGGCAUGGUCGACCGCGCCGUCAGGGAGGUCCUGGCCGGCGGGGACGUCAAGCUCGUGCUGAAGAACCUGAACUACACGAAAGUCGGGACUGCGCAGAAGAAGACGCCCAGAUGAUGAUCGACGGGGCAGUACGAUUGGAAGGAAAUGUGAAGGUGACGGAGAAAGGAGGGUUAGAGGAGGAGGGGAUUAGGGGAUUAGGGAAUUUGGGGAUUAGGAGGGUGUGAAUGUGCAGUUCGAGAAUCAGAAGAAAGGUGAAUCUCAAUUACAAUUUCGAGGCUUUUUAUGUAAUCUGUAAAUUCAUUGAUUUGGUAUGCGUUACAUGGUACAACGUACGACGCCAGAAGAAAAUGAAUUAUAAAAGACUGAUAAUGCAUAGGAUAGUCAUUUAUACUAAUUCGAGAUAUUAGGACAAUAGUUUUUACAUUUAGAUUAACAUGCCUGCACAUUUUCUAAUUCCUUGUAAAUUAGUUCUCUCCAAAGUGACCCAAUUUGAAUGAGAAAAAUGCAUACUUAGAGAAAACGUAGUGUCGAGGUGUUGCUCAGUAAGUUAAUUAUUGACAUGAUGUUCUAGAGACAUUUUCGCCUUUCGUCUUCGUGACAUCAAUGACGUGACCUCGUGGCUUGGGAAGUCAUGGCCAACUCAUGACAAUUUUUGUAUGUGUUCAGUAGCGAGGACUUCCAUGUGUGUAUAUCUGAAAAUAUAUAUGCAUACAUAUGUGUAUAUGUAUGCAUACAUUGAUACAUACACAUAUGCAUAUAGUAAUGCAACAGCCACAAUAAUGAUGAAACCUGUGCCGAUCGAGCAUCUUACAAAUGCGGGGAAGAAAUACAAUAAAACAUUUUUUAUGAAAAUGUGAAACAACCUUAUAAAAGCAGGGAAACGAGAACAAAAAUUAAAUAUGAAAAUAUAACGCAUCAGAAUAAGAGAAAUUCUAAUAUCCCCCAUAAAUGAUAAAGAAAAUACUAAUUUCACUGACCAUUUUUGAACACUUUUGAUAAUAAAGAAUAAAAUGUUAGGCCUUAGAAUAUUUCAGUAGUAGGACACACACGUUUGUAGCAAAAGUGUGCAUUUGUACAUCAAAAUAGACCUGUGUAGAAUAAAUUUUAAAAUCGUGUAGAGAGAACCCGAGCACAAUAAAUUAACAUUAAGGAAAACGGCAUGAACUGUACAUGACUGGGAGUUUUGUGUAAAUGUGAGAGAAAUAAUAUAUUCGAAUAUGUUUUUU